UGAAUGCCGACUCAAAUGCCUCUACGAGUGUUUCUACUCCUGAAUUUGAAAAUUCAGAAAUAGGUGUUGUUUCAAGUAGUUCUUCUCUUGAAGCUGAGGUUGAAAGCAAGGAUCCAAGCCUUGAAAUUCCAAAUCAUGACCAAAAUGAGAAAAAUGGAACAGAAGUGUCCACAUCAAAUGUUAAUGUAGACGACCAACCAAUGGCCAGUAACAAAUCUAAUGUAUCCAAACGACCCCCAUCUGAUUCACCUGAUUCCCUGAGUACAUCACCGGCCAAAAAAAGCAAAAUAGAGGAAGCAUCAAAGCGACCCACAUCUGAUUCAUCACUUGAUUCACUGAGUACAUCUCCUGCCAAAAAAAGCAAAAUAGAGCUACCAAAGCGGCCUCCAUCUGAUUCACUGACUACAUCACCUGCUAAAGUGAGCAAACUAGAGGAUGAUACUGCAGUAUCAAGUACACUUAAACCAGGAAACUCACAGGAAAGUACCAGUGAUGCAUCAAAAUUGCAGAAUGGGUUAGAGGAUCUUGCCACAGAUGUCCAAACCACCUCUGAAGCUGAGAGGGUGACAGUACCAGCCCAACCAUCAGAUGCUACCAACAAUGGUUGUAAGUCCCCAGAACAAGUGUCUACCUCUCAUCAUUCUAGUCCUGAUAGACCAAAAGUUGAUAUUUCGAAGAGGGCACAAAGCAGAGAACUAAGUGAUAUUAUGUCCCCGGUUCCUCAACCAAUUCCUGUCGUUAAAAACUCUAUAAGACUCAACCUCUCCAAAUGAAAAUGCUAACAAAAUUCAAGUCAUGUUUCUUGUAAGUAGAAACAUGGAAGUGAGCUGUUUUUAAUCAGUGAUUAACAAUUAAAGGGUUAUAAAUUUGUAAUAUUUAUUGUACCAGGUGGGAGAUCACUUUGGUUUUUGAGGUGGGUUGAGGGCGCACUGACAUGGUAGCGCUAAAAAGGAGGUUAAAUCGUCAUUUAAUUUAAAGAGGAACCAUUAAAUUGACAGAUGACAAAAUUAUUGGUGAAUAUAUUUUGAUGUAAGCUAAUACACCAUGUGAAGUGCUGUCAUAUUUUUUAAAGACAAAGAUUUUUACUUUGUAAAGCUCUGUCCAGACUAUCAACUUUAAUUUGACAAAAACAUGUGACAUGCCUAAAUAUGGUCAUGAUGACAUCAUAUCUUGACCAUAUAUAGUAACACCAUGACUAUAUAUAAAACAUUUUUUUGUUUAAAGAAAAUGUAAAAAUUUGGACAGAGUUUUUCUUGGAUGCGAAAGUAAUUCCACAUGUUAUGUAUCAUAUUAGCAUAGGAGUUUUGCUAUAUCUAAAUAAAGAUACUAAAUUCGUUUUGGUUCUUGCUUCAUGUUGUUUAUGUGUUUAUGCAAUUUCUUUUUGAAACUGGAAGGAAGUGAAUAAUAAAUUCUGACGUUGUUUGUCCUAAGCAGAUGCUUGAUGAAUUUUAAAACAAGUAAAAACAUCCAGAUAUGUAAAAUGAAUAAAUGAUUUUAACUCAAACAUGUUCUACAAACAAUAACACCAUGUGUUCUUCAGUCUGUGUCCAGGCAAUUCUGUAUCAACUCAUGGAAUUUUGUCUGAAUUUUAAAUAUUUCUGAAACAAACAUUGAUAUUAACAUCAUUUUCAAUUCAAAAAUAGAAAAUUAUAUAUGUUGGCUUUAAGUUCAAUUAAAAAUGAUUUUUAUAUAAUAUAUGUAUACGAUUCAACUGUACAGUUACAUGGUAUUAAUGGGAAUUUGUAAAAAAAAAAAA